UACACUUUUCUUCUUUUUCUUCUGCUGCUGGACACACUUCUUCAUCCAGCCGUCCAUCCAUUUUCUACCGCUUAUUCACUCCUGUGCUCCCAGGUGCCUAACAUGGACUCCCAGUGCCCUCAGCUGCUUCUGGUGGCGCCCAACGACACGCGGCGUCUGCUGGAGGUCUACGUCAAACGCAGCCUCAGCUUCAACGAUGGCUCUCUGGACACCAAGCCUUGCGAGCGCCAAGCCAAGUGGGUGACUUUAUCCAAAAGACACAGAAGACACUCCAGCGACCCUUUCCUCCACUGCACUGAGGGACUGAACGACCCCGUGUUUGCCACUGAAUCUUUGGACCGACCGGAGACACAGCCUGACGACAAGCUGAGCAAGAAGUCCAGAAAGAAGAAAAAACCUUCCUUGUGGAAGACCUUCAUUGGUCUGUUCUCCAGGAGGACUACUGAGGACAAAGACGAGGACGCCUCAGACAUUCCUGAGGCAUCUUCAGUGGAUGAAGACUUGACCAUCGCCAUCGCCUGCCUGCCUGCUUCCCCUCCACUCCAAAGGAAGAAGUCCUCAAGGAGGAGAUCCAUAAAAAGAAGGUUCUCCAAGAGACGUCUGUCCUUGAUUAAAUUCAGCAGAGAGGAGCCCAACCCUGCGGACAUCACCGGAGUAGAAGCUGUUGUGAGCGUGGAACCCACCUACUCCUACUACGAGAAGGUGUCCGAAGAACUGGAAAAGAUUCUCAAUGAGGUCAAGGAGAAUGAGGAGGUGGUGACCUUGUCAGAUGAGGAAGUCAUUGACAGAAUCAUCGCCUUGACAAAGGAGCAGGGUGACGCCAUCGAUGUCAAGAUAAGAGACAACAACACCCUGAGUAAAUUCUUCCAAGGGAUGUCCUACUCCUCCUUCCAGAGGUUGGCCGACGCCUACCUGGAGAAAGAGGCCUCGCCCCUCCCCACCCCCACGUCCGUCCUGCCAACGGCGCCGGAGCUGGUCAAGCUGGCCUUCACCCUGGACUUCACCGCCCGCAUCGCAGGACUCUCUCGGCAGAACAUCGGACACAUCACCGGGCUCGGGGACCGCUACCUGCAGGACAGAUUUGAAUACAAACAGGCUUGUUCCGACCAUCCCUUCUAAUGAUAAGCGCAUAUGCAAAUGAGGAAGACGUGGGACACAGCCGUGCGUUUCCUCGCCAUCGCCAUGGUGCACGCCGCGGACGUAAGGCGGGUCCACUUGGACCGGCUGGUGCUUGGCGCAGCCUCCUUUUUUGACAGUAGCUGGUUCUACUGUGGACUCUGAAUAUUUAGUCAUCGUGAUGUGACGUUUAUCGUCAUGCUGUGACGUGUGCAAUAGGACCCUCCCAUGCCGUGACGUGUGCAAUAGGACCCUCCCAUGCCGUGACGUGUGCAAUAGGACCCUCCCAUGCUGUGACCAGGGGCGCCGCUAGGGAUUUUGGGCCCCAUGAAAAGAAUCUUUACAGGGCCCCUGUAUUAUAAUUUCAUCAUCAUUAGGGGCCUCUCUGGGCCCCCCUCCAUCAUGGGCCCCUAGAAUCUGUCUCCGUUACCCCCCCUUUUUGGCGCCCCUGGCCGUGACGUGUGCAAUAACAACCAUUCAGAGUAAUAAUACAUGGUAACAACCAUUCAGAGUAAUAAUACAUGGUAACAACCAUUCAGAGUGAUAAUACAUGGUAACAACCAUUCAGAGUAAUAAUACAUGGUAACACCCAUUCAGAGUAAUAAUGCAUGGUAACAACCAUUCAGAGUAGUGAUGCAUGGUAACAACCAUUCAGAGUGAUAAUGCAUUGUAACAACCAU